AUGUUCUCCGCCUCUUGGGGAGGAAUUGCGAGGCCGACUGCGCUACUGCGACGGCGUUUUAUUCCCCCGUGGGAGCGCGAUGGAAAAGCUGCUGAUGAUUUCUUCGCUGGCUUGAUGCAGAGUAGCAAUCCAGUGAUUACGAAAAAGAAAAUGCAAUCCCGCCAUGAAGAAAUGGAGAGGCAAGCUCUCACCGAGGAGUUAUCCCCUUCUGAUAUGCUUCGAAUAGAAGAGCUACAUUUGCGGAACGAAGCUGUUUUGCGUGAGCGCCGUGACUUCGUUCCAUACGGCGCAAAACCUGUGAUUUACUUCGACAAUAAUAAAAUGGCUGCCAUCGGAGACUAUGCAUCACGACUGAAAACGCAUGCCGCGCCAUCGAGCGGUGGCGGUUACUCAGAUGAUGUGCUGGACAUGCUCAAAGCGGACUUGCAUCAAAAGAUUCCAUACAAAUUUGAGUCUUCUGUGGAGCGCCGCGGAAAUGAACUCCGCUGGCCGUUGCAUGGGACGGCAGGGAUUGUUCUCGAUGUUGACGGGGUCGUGUAUCGCAUGCGAAAGAUUAUUGAGGGAUCUGAUGUGGCCAUUCGCAAGUUAAUGGAGUUGAAGAUUCCCUUGUUAUUUAUGACAAACGGUGGUGGAGUCUCCGAGGAAAAGAAGGCAGAAGAAUAUUCGCGGCUGUUGGGUUGUACAAUUGACGCGUCUCAAGUCUUACUCGCUCACACCCCGAUGAAACUAUUGGCUCAAAUGUACAAAGGGCAGAAAGUGCUGAUUGUUGGUUCCCUAGAGAGUGCCAACGUGGCUAAGGCGUACGGUUUUGAUGGGGCUAUAUCAAUACAGCGAUUUCAGGCGGAGCAUCCGGAGCUGGUUCCCUUCAGGAGAUGGGGAUCACUUGAGAAAGUCUCAGAUGUUAACGUUCCAUUUCCAGAGAUUGCCGCUGUAUUUGUACUUCGUGAACCGGAGGACGCGUUUUGUGAUAUCCAAACGAUCAUUGAUGUGUUGCUUUCGCCGCGCGGUAAAGUGGGUAAGUACGUGUCAAGUACCCAGAGCAUUCCCCUUUACUGUGCCAGUGAUGACUUUCUGUGGGCGGCCGAGGCGGAACUUCCUCGACUUGGCAACGGAGCAUUCCGUGAAAUGCUUCAUGCAGUGUUUUACAGCCUCACUGGUCAGAACCUUCACGUGACAACUUAUGGCAAGCCACGCGCCAUUGCCUAUGCCUUUGCUGAGCGCAGGAUGAAGGAGGUUACCUCGCGUCUAGGUUGGAACCCGGAAGAUAUGCGUGCAAUUUUCAUGGUUGGUGACAAUGUUGACACGGAUAUAAUGGGUGCCAAUGCAAGAGGGGGGAAAUGGACGUCCGUGCACGUUCUCUCAGGUGUAGGUGUGACGCCCGUAGCGUAUCGCACGAAAUCGGAGAAUGAUACAGAAUUCGAAUGGAUGGAAAAGAAUGGAGAUAAGACGCCACACUACGUUGCUCCCACAUUGGACCACUUUGCACGGGAGUUGUUGGCCUUCCCGGAGAACGCAAUGCUUCAGAACAAAAAGAAAUACUAUGGCAUGCCUAACCCUGUCGAUCUCCAUGAAGAUUAUGGCUUCAGUUAA